AUUCUACUUACUUGCUACAACACAUCAACAAACAAGGACCACCCUCCCACAAUUGCCAUAAAAAUACAGUGUUCGUGUUCAUCUUGCAAAAGAUUUGCUAGUUGGUGUAAAACAUGGGAAUGGCUGUUUUACAGACAGUUCCUGAAGGAUUUACCAGUGCAGUAGAGCAUCUGAACACCUUUCCUCAGGAUAUAUUUGCAGAGCUGUGUCAGGAAGUCAUAUCUUUCCUCCAGUAUACUAAGGGUCUGGUCAAAGCAUCUCAGGUCCUUGAUAGACUUCAUGAAGCCGAUGUUGAAAGUAGCGAGGAAAGUGUACAAGCAGUCAUCAAUGCACUCACAUUCUUAUUCAGAUCAGCAGCAAGAUCAAAGGUUGUUGCAGAAGACUUAGUGAAGGAACUAAAACACAGCCUAGCGUGGUCUGAUGGGAGCUUGAGUGUCAUUAAACAUUUGUGGGCAGAUCAGGGCCAGUCCUUCUCUUCCCUUGAGCUUGCCAAUAAUCUCCUCAGUGUUGGUCAACUUGUGGACAUGCAGUGGAAACUAGGUGUAGCUAUGACAUCGGAUAGCUGCAGAAGCCUCAAUUCCACCUUUGUUGUCAUGGCAAUUAAGGUCGCUGACCCUUCCGGUAAGGUCACGACGAGGUCGUUUGAGAUGACCGUAGCUGAGUUCAAGGCUUUUUCUAAACAAAUGAGGGAGAUGGCAGCAAUGUUGGAGACUGUAUAACGCAACUAAAGAAGAAGAAAAAAUGUCCACUACACAAUCAGGCAGUUUGAUGAAACCUAUUCACAUCUAAAGGGACCUGGAAAUGACAGUGAAUGAACUGCUUCAGCUCUCAGUAUAGCUCCACUGCAGUUUUACACUUUAAUCUUACUUGAUAAAAGCUGUUGGUUUCACCUUCUGAAUAUUCUUUGGCCGGGUACAUGUUUGGAUGCCAGGGUCGGGACGUCAUGAUUUCAUUUUCACUCUUUCAUUUUGUCAAACAAAUCUAGCACACAAUGGGUGAGUUCGUUUAGCUUCCCUAGGUCGACCCUGGUGUGUGGCGGA